AUGGCAACUACAAUUCGACCUUCACCUGUUCCUACACCACCCACAUCAUCUCCACCUACUCCCCCAACGAAUUACCCUACCUUUCCUAGGUUAUCGUCUCCUUCGAUCAAUAGAAAUGCUUCCACUUCUUCAUCUAGAUCAACGGCGACUACAUCAUCUACUUCAUCUGUCCAAGCGGCACCUAUGAGACCACCACCCAUCGAAACCUCUACAGCGGCAACAACUCCAUCACAAUUACCUAGUCGACCGGUUAGUAGAGCAGACGAUGAUCAUUCAGACGCAAGUAGAAGGGGUUAUGGUGGAAGUGGACCUGAGUUAGGAUCAGUCGGUGGAAGAGGCUGGGGUAGGAACGGACCUAGAUCAGGUAGAAUGACACCUCAACAUAUAAUUACAACGCCUUCACAUUCCCCUUCACCCAUCCUGAAUUCUUCAACGUCAACAAGACCAACAACUUCCGGUUCAAUGAUUACUGUAUCACCUACAACACCGCGAGGUCUUAGAUUUCCUGUAGAUCAAGAUCCUACUUCACCUGGUCCAUUAAGAGUGACUAUCUCUCUGGAUCCUAUGGAUACAUUGAAUCAUGAUCACCAUCAAUCGAAUUCCCCUCCGUCUAAUCCAUCGUCCCCUGUCAGAGGAAGAGAAGGUCACCUCACGGCCCCCUCUUCACCUACGAUAGUUACGCGAUCUCAAGCUCUGAUGGAUGGUAAACAGAGAACCUUGAGCGUUGAUGCUGGGCCUAGUUGGACAAAUGGUAGAAGAAGUGGUUCAAUAGAUAGAGAUAGAGAACGAGAAAGAAGACAAAGUCAAAUCUCGAAUCAUUCUCAUUCCGGGUCAGGCCAAAUCAAGAAACCUAGCAUAAGAGACUUUGUUUUAGGGGAGGAAUUAGGUCAAGGAUCUUACAGUACUGUAUAUGCAGCCACUGCCGCUUCAUCGUCAUCUAGUCAAUCCCCUACUUCAGCUCGAUUGCCUCGGAAGUACGCCAUUAAAAUCAUCAAUCAGCAUCAUCUUGUUCAAGAGAAGAAAGUCAAAUACGCAAUGAUUGAGCGUGACGCUCUCGUACGUUUAUCUACUCCCCGACAAUCAGUUUCUCCCACUACGGCAAGAGGUCAUCGAAGAGGUCUUUCAAGUUCUUCUUCGGGAGGAUACGGACCUUCACCCUCAACAGCCAGCAAACGAAAAUCAGUUGCUAGUAUCAAUAGUUCUGCUGGAACAGCAAGGAAAGAUUCGGGAGCUACAGUGGUUCCAGGUGGAAGAGAUAGGAUAUCAAUCGUAACCACGGAUAGUGGGCUUUCUUCAUCACCUUUAUCAAAUAAUGCUCCUUUAUCACCUGUCACGAAGAAUUUUGCGGGUAGGAGACCAUCAAGAAAUGCUGAUCAUCCGGACAUGGUUCCUGAGCAAACGGAAAUGUUAUCAUCUGAACAACCAGAAGUUGGCAUUAGAUCAAGUCCACCAUCUCCGGUCAAAGAAGAAAGUACCCAAAUUCAAAUGUCAACACCACCUCAAUUCACUACUUCAAAAGCUGAUGAUUACCUCCCUCCUCCCACUCCUGGAUAUGCGACUACUGACAUCCAAGGAAGCCCAGUCAUGGGAUAUGAGGCUCAACCCCGUCAUUCCAGGGAAGGUAAAGGACAAACGCCAAAGAAGAGAAGACAAUCAUUAGCGCCGUCGGAAAGAUCUGUCAAAUCAGGUUCUGGCAAACCCGGCCAAGCACAUCCUGGUGUGAUUAGAUUACACUCAACGUUCAAUGAUAGCACUUCUCUAUAUUUCGUAUUGGAUCUAGCCAGCAAUGGUGAAUUGGCAAGCUAUAUCCGGAAGUUCGGCUCGCUGGAUAUGAUCUCAGCGAAAUACUAUUCUGCUCAAUUGAUCGAUACUAUCGAGUUCAUGCACGAGAAAGGAGUGGUGCACCGCGAUCUGAAGCCGGAGAAUAUACUGCUAGACGAUGAAAAGCGCAUCAAAAUCACCGAUUUUGGAUCUGCCAAACUGAUGAACAAAGAGGAAGAGCCAGCGGAUGAUGGGAAGAAGAGGUCUUUCGUUGGUUCAGCGGAUUUCGUUAGUCCAGAAGUUUUACGGAAUGAACCUGCUUCUCCUGCAUCGGACAUCUGGGCUUUCGGUUGCAUCCUCUAUCAGUUCUUGGCUGGAAAGCCUCCAUUCAGAGGAGCCACGGACUACUUGACAUUUCAGAAGAUUCUGAAGCGGGAGAUGGACUUUCCAGAAGGAUUCGAUGAUGACGCCAAAGCACUGGUGGAGUUGGUCCUGAAUCUCGACCCACAUCAACGACCAUCGGUACAAGACAUCAAAUCACAUGCCUUCUUUGCUCUCACCAAUUGGUCUACCAUUUUCACUAAUCCUGCCCCGCCAAUCGUUACCGGCCUCACGCAACCUGCGGCGGCCCUUGCCAAUCUUGCACCCGAUUCUGAUCCGUGGGCUGUCUUCGAUGAUGAAGUCUCUGAUGGAGGGUUCGAGUACGACCGUGAUGAAGAUGAAGAGAUUGUUCCAAAUGAAGGUAUGGAAGAAGAUGAUCAUACGAAUGAGCCAAGAAUUGAUAGAAAUGCAGCUGCAUACGCGGUCCGAAAUGUUGAUUAUCCCGGGAACUCAGUCAUCCACACACCUGAUGAUGGACCACAUAUAGACAUUACGGCAACAGAAAGAUUAGAUCCACCUAGACCUGCCUAUGCUACGGAGAGUUCUUCCUCCAUAUUCAAGGACUCAAAGAAGAAUAGGGGUUGGUCACAUGGAAGUUCAAGUUCAGGUGGCAAUAGAUCAGCCUUAACAGGUUGGUUGGAAUCGAUGCGCAUAGGUGGUGGAACGACACAACAACAUAAUUACCAUAAUAGUAUCGGCACACCGGGUAUCAGAUCAAAUAGGACAAGUAGAACAAGUGUUAGAUCAGAUGAGAUGAGAAUAAUGAUGGGUAGUCAAACUUCAUCCAGUCAAGGUACAACUCCUGUCUCCUCUGCUUCAUUUAAUCCACCAGCGACUUCUUCGAAACUGGGUAAUGAUGAUGGAAGAAGACUCCAUUUGGACAAUAAUACGGGUGAUGCUAAGUGGUCAUCGUUAUUACUCUCAAACGAACGAAUCAUAUUCUCAUCCCAAAUCCAAGCAAGAACAUCUUCACCUUCGUUACAUCUUCCUUCAUUCUUGAUGCCAGCAUUCAAGAAACGACAGCUCAUUUUGACGGAUUUUCCUCGCUUAAUCAUUGUGAAAGAUGAUUCACUCUCUUCUUCGAAUGUACAUGCACAAGAGAAUCACGAUGAAGAUACAUUGAAAGUGAAAGGAGAAUGUGUGUUUGUAGUGAGACCUUCAAACGCAACUGGGAUAUCUGAACAUUCGAACGCCAGUACUGCUCAACAGCAUACACAAGGUCAAGGUACAGAUGUCAUACCAAAUAAAGUUAUUGAUGUUCAAGAAAAAGGCACGAAAGGGUUCAUUGUUCAAACUGCAGGAACUACAUAUCUGUAUAAUGCUGAUACGCAAGGCUUGCGAGAUGAGUGGUUGACCGUUAUAAAACGGGUCACCGGUUUAUAA